UAAACUUGAACAAGGAAUUCAUGUCUCUUGUUAUUAAAUGUUGUAGUCCACUUCGUAUAGGGUGAGAGGCGUGACGGCUGCGAGAAGUAAACACCAUGUCUGCUGAAGUAGAGGAAACACUGAAAAGAAUUCAGUCCCACAAAGGGGUUGUAGGAGUCAUAGUUGUUAAUGCUGAAGGAAUUCCCAUCAAGAGUACAUUAGAUAAUCCGACUACAAUUCAAUAUACUGGACUCAUUAGUGGUCUGACUGAUAAGGCUCGUGGUGUUGUACGGGACUUGGAUCCAACAAAUGACCUCACAUUCCUUAGAGUUCGCUCAAAGAAACAUGAAAUUAUGAUUGCUCCAGAUAAGGAGUAUAUGCUGAUUGUUGUUCAGAACACGAAUGAGUAACUCAACAACGUGGUAUACAUAUAUAGUCUGAUAUUGAUUAAUUAUAAAUUAUUUGUUUAUAUUCAGUUGCAGUAUAGUCACUAUGUUAUUAUAUUAAAUAAAGCUUUACUACUACUUGA